AUGUUGCUGCGAUCCAGCCUUGUUACUGCACAGGAUGCUGUGAAUGGGGCCGCACUGGUUGGGGUGACUGCGAAGACAUAUUGCAUGAAAGAAUGUCAUGAUUCUCUCCAGACCUUCCAGGAGAGCAUUCUUUCGGCCUGCGGAAAGAAGGAGUACCAGUUAUACAAGAAUAGCACGACAACGCAAUCGCCCGCGGUGGUAGCUGAUGGGUUGGUGUGGGCGUAUAACCUAAUGUGUAUCCAAGACGCGUGUGUACCUCCUGCGGAAAGGCCGUCUGGGUACUGUUUGGCUGAUCUCUAUAAUCGGACCAAGGCCCCGUGUUCUGAUUGUACCCUGAAAUACGGCUCGGUCAUGAUGAGCUCUGAUUACGGACGAAACAAGUUCUCGCCAGCCGCUUUCUCGUCGUUGCUUUCGUCUUGCAGCGUUCCAGUCUCGAGCUAUCCAUAUAUCUACACGCCUUUGCCAACGGCGACCAUGACGGUAUCCACGCCAACAAGCGCAACUUCGACCACCGCCACACCGACUUGUACUGGCCACACCUAUAUAUCGAAAGAAGGGGAUACUUGCAAGUCAAUUUCGAAAGCUAACUCUGUUAGUACUGACCAGCUUAUUAAGGUGAAUAAACUUGACUAUUCAUGCUCAACGCUUGCUUCUGGGACGACGCUCUUCAUACAAGACACCUGUACUGUAUUCACAGUGCAGCAGAAUCAAACAUGCAAUGAUAUUGUCAAAGGCCAGUUAUUCGGAUUGGUACAAUUGAUAGGAUGGAAUCUAAUAAUACAUCAAACCUGUGAUAAUCUUGAGUUGAUGGUGGGAAGAAUUAUUUGUAUAUUACCCCCAGGAGGAGGAGAAUUCAGCAUCUCUAGUAUAAAUAAAACAUCCAGCGGGCUACUGUCUUCUUUGAUUACCUCAUGGGUACCAGGAACUCCGGUAAUCAUAAUGGAUAAUAUUACCACUUCUUGGUAUUCGCCUAUCAUUGAUCCAAACUACACACCUUCCAUUCCCACAUUCACGCCAAACGCCACACUUUCAAGCCUCCUCGCUGAACGAACCAAGUACUGCUGGAUUACUGCUGAAGAUGAGAAUAACAGCUUUAUCCCAGAAGAUGAUUUAGCGGAUAACUGUUAUUCACUUUAUGAGAGCUAUUGUGAUUUGGGCCCUACAGACCCAGUUCCCUCUUUGUUCCCGAGCGCUAUUCCCAUCAGCUGCACGCCUAUCUCGAGCAGUGCCAGCACAACAAAUAGCUCUCCAGCAACAACCACCACUUCUGGUAUCGCCACCCCAACGCCCACACAGCCAAAUGUUACGAACCACUGCACCAAGUUCCAUAAGGUGAUUGACAGAGACACUUGCGCAACUAUUUCUAAGCAAUACGGGAUAUCCCAGGCGAAUUUCCUGGAGUGGAACCCAGACGUCGGAGAUGAUUGCAAGAGUCUUUGGUUAGACUACUACGUCUGUGUUGGCUCGACACCGACGUCUACUCGUGGUACCCCUUCAACCACAUCCAUCAGUUCAGGCGUGGUCACUCCAACUCCAACCCAGCCAAAUAUGACGAAAGACUGCACCAAAUUUCACAAAGCUGUUGACGGUGACAACUGCGCAACGAUAUUGGAGGAAUACGGGAUCUCACAAGCUGAUUUCUUGACAUGGAACCCAGACGUGGGAGCCGAUUGUAAAAACCUGUGGCUUGACAAUUAUGUCUGCGUGGAGGCCAGCCCAAGCUCCAGUCCCAGCCCUACCAUCAUACCGAGCUCUUCACCGACAUCUGAGGCGACGCCGACACCCACCUUGCCGAAUAUGGUCGACGGCUGUACUCAGUUUCACAAUGUUGAGGAUGUAGACAUAUGUGCAAGUAUCGCAAAGCAGUGCGGGAUCUCACAGGCUGACUUCCUCGCGUGGAAUCCCUAUGUGGGUGAUGGCUGCAAGAAUUUGUGGCUUGGCUACUAUGUGAGCAGCGUUGUUCCAAGAUCGCGUGACUUGGGUGGCUGA